GCUAACGAAACAUCAAUUAGAAAAAAGAAAAUGGAGAAAUCUAAUGAUUUAUCAAACGACAAAAUAAGAAUUUUAAAACGCUUAAAGAAUAUUGGACAGGAAAUGACCGAAGAAGAUAAAACUGAACAGAAUGGAAGAAACGACUCAGGAAAUUUAGAAUCUUCACCUUCAUCUAGUAAGAUAGGAAUUUCGAAUAUAAAUGCUAUAACUAAAGGAGAAGUCGAUUCUGAAGAUUCUGAAAGUCAUUCGCUUACUUCUAGCCUAGAGUUUCUGCAUAAAGAAUUUGAUCGUAACUCGAAUUAUUCAAAACGAACCCCAAAAUUACAGGAAAAUCUAAAAUAUAUUUCAGAAAACUCAAAUCAAUCUAACGAGACAGUAAUUAGAAGAAUAAAAUCGUAUCUGUCAAAAAGUAAUUUGGACAGCAAGAAAAAGCAGAAACUGUUCCAAAAUUUAUUUUUAACUUUUAAAAAUUUGUUAGAAGAGGAAAAGAAUAAAGAAACGAGUGACAAACAAUAUAAUGAUGGAACUGAAAAUCAGUCGUUAAAGCUAGAAGAUGGCAAUGCGAAUUCUGUAAUUAAUAAACCUGUAAAUAUACUUCAAGCUGAAGAAAAUAGAAUUUCAUCCACUUUUGAAAGUAAAGAGUGGUGUAAGCAGUCUUCUGGAAAUGAAGUUAAAUUGAAGAAUUUAAUGAAUUUAGAAAAACAUAAUUUAACGAAACCUAAAUUACCGCAAAGAAAAAAAUUCGACAGAAAUAACUACAAUUCAGAAAAUUCUGAAAGUUCCAGCGAUACCGCAAAAAAUCAAGAAACAGUGGUAUAUAAAAAUUCGGAAUUAUCAGUUUUGCCUGUAUUGAAACAACCAACUCCUUUUUAUCACAUAGGCAAGAAUAUCCUUAGCAUCGAUACUGAAACAGUUCCUUCAGUUUAUGGUAAUAAAGGCAAGAAUUUGAAAUCUGUCAUUUUGAAGAUAGAACCAACAGAUGCGGAUGAUAAUUCACAACCUGUUAGAAUCGAAGUGAGUCAAGUUUCUCCAGAGGAAAAGAACUUUAAAAACUCCUCCAUAGGAAAUGUAUUAGCUCCUUUCACAAAGGAAGAUACUAAUGUAAUUUUGUUACCUUCAGAAAAUCGUGAUCUGACACAGGAAAUGGAUGAUACAAAACAUGUGCCACUUAAUAAUUACAAAUAUGUCAGUAAACAAUCUAGUACGAUUUUUCCUAUAAAUAAAAUUCUCGCCUCAGGAGGACUCACGAAGAAGCCUACUGUUAUUGCUAUAUCAGCAACGGAAGACCUUCAAGAGAGAAAAAUAUCAGAGAAUGGAUCAACGAUUUUAAUUGUUCCUCCACUUCGGGAAUUUCAAAACUUAAAUGUAGAGGAUUCAUCCCAACAGAAAUGGGUUAAAAUGGCCAAAAAAAUCGCCGAGACAUUGCCUCCUUCUGGAAAAGAACAACCUAUGAUUGUAGUUUUGCCUUCAGAUAACAAAUGUGACGAUUUCGAAGAAAUUGUCCAAUCUCUCGUUUUUACGUCAUCUUUAUCGGAACAGAUUCAAGAAGGAGAAACAAUUCAUGACUUUUCAUAUACAAAUGCAAGUACCGAAUUACCAACAGUAGUAGUACUUCCAUCCAAAUCGCAGCAUACUCUAGUUAAAAUUAAUACAGAAAAUCCUAGAGUACCAAAGGUACAGAAAAAUUAUGAAUAUCCACUUGGUUCUGUAUCAAUGGAUAAUUUUAAAGACAAACGGAUUGCUGUGGAGCACCCUCUAAUGCCAAUUAAUCAGAAAGAUCCAGAGUAUCUUGUCGAAGCAAAACAUCCUGGAGUACGUAAGAUGCAAAAGACUCCAGAACAUUCAUCCGGUUCAAAAAAUGUAAACAAUCCUUCAUCAGAAGAUGAGAGUGUAUCAUUUCAAGAUACAAAACAGAACGUCUCAGAUCCACUUUCCGCUUCGCUUGGAUUCGAUUCCAGCGGUUUGCCCCCGCUAAAAAUUGAAAUUGGAAGAAAUGUCAAAGGAAAGAAAAAGCCGAAAGGAAAACUAAAAAGUAAAUUUACGGAUGAUACGACUUACGGUGAAAAAUUGACAGAGCAGUAUAAAUGGAGAAUGGCUAUGGCAGCGGUUGAAGAGGGAGUUGAAGAAACAAUCGAGGAUUGUUUAAUGGUUGCGUUGAAUCAGAAGAAAGAUAAAAGAGAGAAAUUGGUAGAGAGGAUGGCAUUUCCAAAAUAAAAUAUUCGUAUUGAAUUAAUUUAUUGUUAAAUAU